CGCCAGCUAUUCCAACCAGCGUGUUGUGUUUUCAACUCAGUACGUACUGGCUUCCACAGCAGCCACUGAUACAAGCACAUAUUCAGUUUCUGUCGAUACUCUUUAGGAUAUAUCAGCUAUGGAAAUGGACAGUGGGAGUUCUGUGGUGCUGCAGGCCUUAACCCAAGCUACCAGUCAGGACACCGCUGUACUGAAGCCUGCAGAGGAGCAGCUCCGGCAGUGGGAGACCCAGCCAGGCUUCUAUUCAGUCCUUCUGAACAUCUUCAAUAACCACAUGCUGGAUGUGAACGUCAGGUGGCUGGCUGUGCUGUACUUUAAAAACGGCAUUGACAGAUACUGGAGGAGAGUGGCCCCUCAUGCAUUAUCAGAAGAGGAGAAGACUUCGCUGCGCGCUGGUCUUAUCACAAACUUCAAUGAGCCUGUCAAUCAGAUAGCAACCCAGAUCGCAGUACUGAUAGCCAAAGUGGCCCGUCUGGACUGCCCGAGGCAAUGGCCGGAGCUCAUUCCAAUUCUGAUCGAGUCUGUGAAGGGUCAAGAUGGCCUGCAGCAGCACAGAGCACUGUUAACUUUCUAUCAUGUCACUAAAACUCUCGCAUCCAAGCGUCUGGCGCAAGACCGGCGUCUUUUCCAAGAUCUGGCGUCUGGCAUCUACAGCUUUGCAUGCUCUCUGUGGAGCCAUCACACCGACUGCUUCCUUCAGCAAGUCUGCGCCAGAGAUGAGGCUGCAGCGCUCAACUCACUGGAGAGGACGCUGCUAUCUCUUAAAGUGCUUCGCAAAUUGACAGUCCAUGGAUUUCAAGAACCUCAGCAAAAUAUGGAAGUCAUGGGUUUCCUGAACGCUGUGUUUGAAAGGCUAAAACAGUUCUUGGAAUGCUGUCACCAAGUUGGUCCUGAUAGUACAUGCAGGGAAAAGCUGGAAAAGACCAUCAUACUGUACACUAAAGUUUUGGUGGAUUUUCUGGAGUACCAUCCAUAUGCAUUCAUCCCCCUAAUUCAGCGCUCCUUGGAGUUUGCGGUUAGCUACAUUUUCACACCUGUCGGAGAGGGUGUGAUCUUUGAACGCUUCAUUGUCCAGUGCAUGAAUCUCAUCAAGUUGAUUGUAAAGAAUGAGGCAUACAAACCUGCCAAGAACAUUGAUGACAGUAAACCAGAGAGUCUAGAAGCUCACAAGAUCAAGACGGCCUUCUUCACUCACCCCACACUUACAGAGAUUGGACGGCGACUUGUUUCACACUACUUCCAUCUCACAGAGGAAGAGUUGACGAUGUGGGAGGAGGACCCUGAGAGCUUUGCUGUUGAAGAAAGUGGUGGCGAUUCUUGGAAGUACAGUCUACGGCCUUGUACAGAGGUAUUGUUCCUGGAUAUCUUCCACAACUACAGCCAGACCCUGACACCUGUUCUACUGGACAUGGUUCAGAAUCUUCAAGGCCCAACCGAUGUGGAGGACCGUGUUCAGUUGCUAAUGAAGGAUGCAGUAUACAAUGCAGUGGGUCUCGCAGCAUAUGAGUUGUUUGACAAUGUGGACUUUGACCAGUGGUUCAAGAAUCAACUUCUUGGAGAACUGCAAGUCACUCAUCACAGGUACAAGUUGAUACGAAGACGAGUCAUCUGGUUAAUAGGGCAAUGGAUCUCUGUCAAGUUCAAAUCUGACCUUAGACCUUUACUGUAUGAAGUGAUCCUGAGCCUCAUGCAAGAUCCUGACCUUGUGGUGCGCAUUGAAACAGCAACAACACUCAAACUGACCGUUGAUGACUUUGAGUUCAGGACAGACCAAUUCCUUCCAUACCUGGAGUCCAUCUUUGGACUUCUGUUUCAACUGUUGCAGCAGGUGACAGAAUGUGACACUAAAAUGCAGGUUCUUCAUGUCAUCUCCUGCGUCAUCGAGAGAGUAAACAUCCAGAUUCGACCAUAUGUAGGCUGUCUGGUUCAAUACCUGCCUCUGCUCUGGAAACAAUCAGAAGAACACAACAUGCUUCGAUGUGCCAUUCUUACUACACUUAUCCACCUGGUUCAGGGCCUUGGGGCAGAGAGUAAGAACCUUUACCCUUUCCUUCUUCCUGUCAUUCAGCUGAGCACUGAUGUGUCUCAACCACCACACGUCUAUUUACUAGAGGAUGGACUGGAGCUUUGGUUGGUGACUUUGGAGAACAGCCCAGCCAUCACCCCAGAGCUGCUCAGAAUUUUCCAGAACAUGUCAGCUUUGCUGGAGUUGAGCUCCGAGAAUCUCCGUACCUGUUUUCAGAUUGUUAAUGCCUACAUUUACCUGUCUGCCUCCGAAUUCCUGCAGAAUUAUGGUGAAUCAUUGUGUCGAUCCUUUUGUGAUCUGCUAAAGGACAUCACAAAUGAAGGGCAGGUCCAAGUCCUUAAGGUGGUUGAAAUAGCUUUAAAGGUUAGCCCCAUACUGGGAGCUCACAUGUUUCAGCCCCUUCUGCCAGCUGUCCUCCGAGGCAUAGUGGACGGUGAGCGAUAUCCUGUGGUGAUGUCCACCUACCUUGGCAUCAUGGGUCGAGUGCUGCUCCAGAAUUCCAGCUUCUUCUCCUCUCUGCUCACACAAAUGGCUCCUGAAUGCAACCAGGAGAUGGACCAGUUAUUGGGCAGUGUGAUAGAGAUGUGGGUCGACCGCAUGGACAACAUCACUCAGCCCGAGAGGAGGAAGCUGUCGUCUUUGGCUCUGCUUUCACUGCUGCCAUCUGACAACAGUGUGAUCCAGGACAAGUUUUGUGGCAUCAUCAACAUUUGUGUUGAAGCUUUGAAUGAUGUGAUGACAGAGGAAUCAGAAACAGGCACCUACAAAGACUGCAUGCUGAUGAGCCAUUUUGAAGAACCCAAGCUAAGUGAAGAAGAGGAGCCACCAACUGAGCAGGAUAAGAGGAAGAAACUUCUGGCUCUAGAAGACCCGGUGCACAGUGUUUCCCUUCAGCAGUUUGUCUAUGAAAAACUGAAGGCACAGCAGGCCCUGCUGGGGGACCAGGGCUUCGGGGUUCUGAUGGAGACUGUGGACACGGAACUCGUCAGACAGCUCCAGGAGUUCCUCCAAGGCUUCUGAAGGCCUUCUCUACUUUAUAGAAACAUCUUUGCCCAACACAGCGCUCUUCCACCAUUUUUUGAGAAUCCACAAAGAAGGCUAAUAAUCUGCCCAAUGUGUGGACUCCCAAUUAAUUUUUUCCCAACAAUGUACCCAUGCUAUGCCUUAUCUAUACCCACAUCUAGCCUUGUUAACUGUCCUUAGCUAACACCUUUAUCUGCAUCAAUGUUAUCUGCUGAUCUAUCAUUUUUUGUAAA